AACACCUUCUCCCAGUCUCCUAUUUCCCUAUUUCCUUGUUUCCUUGUGUCUGGGUCGCUAUCACAUUCGCUUGUCCUAACGAUUCCCUCGCUCGUCAAACAUCUACGCUACAGCAAUACUUUCGCUUUUCUUACGCUCUUCCAAAUCGCUUGAGAAACACGGCACAAUGUAUUCCACUUUCGCUUUUCUCGCGCUUCUUGGCGCAGCAUCUGCCAUGCCAGGCUACUACGGAUCAAACGGAACAUGGCCAUCGAGCAGCAGCAGCAGCAGCAGUCUUCCAGCACCGAGUACAACCAGCUGCUCCACUUCUCGGUCGGGCUCGCAAACCACCAGCUCUACCUCCAAAAGCAUCCUUCAUCCUUAUCCCACAGGCGGACAUCCAGAGCCUCACCCACAUCCCUACCCGACUGGGGGCUGGCCAAAGCCUCCUCAUGGCACUGGCGAUCACCCGAAGCCGCCAUAUCCAACAGGCAGCGGAUAUGCUCUCCCGCCCCCAGCAACCACGACCAAGUCCGCCUCGGCCACGCCCACGAUACACCUCACAACGACAAUCACCGUACCCGUCACCAAGACGAUCACGAAGCUCGUGCCUUGCAGUACCCAAGUCACCUCGCACGACCAGACCUGGUGGAGCACAUCUUUGUCGACCAAAUACAUCACCACUACCUACCUGGCGACUUCAACUCUCGUUACAGUCCCCACCCCUCCCGUCAACCCAAUCCAGCCUUCCCCACCAGCGCAGCCGCCGCAUCACUCCUACCCAGCAGCACCAGUCUGCCCACCGCAAGUCACAGUGACAAAGUACAUCACCGCCCCAUCGCCAGCUCCUCAAUACCCAAGUCAGCCACAGCACACCGAGACCGUCACCGUCACACUCGCCUACGGCUACACUACGACUUUGACACUCACAUACCCAGCACCAACUGCUUCUCCCACCACCAAGCACCCACUCCCACCACCAUACCCAAACCCAAACCCAAAGCCAAGCAGUGGCAAGCCUCAUCCAACCGGCGCUUACCCGACUGGAGGCUACCCAUACCCAACUGGCAGCUGGCCGCAUCCCAAGCCAAUCCCGUCUGGCUUAAGCUCGACUGCACGACCGACUGGCAUUACGCCGUAUACAUGGUAAUCAUUUCCCGAAAUCGAAGAACAGGAUACCCAAGAGUAUAGAUAUAGAUGGACGUUAUUGUUAUGUAUCAGUAUAACAGCUUAUGAGUAAUCGAAAGCGCAGGCGCUAGAAUGGAAGGGAACUUUUGCGAGGAUGGGAUAUUAUAAUUAGAAUCUUUAUUAUAACUUCUUUUACUUGAUCGAAUGCUUCAUUGCGAGAUGU